CUUUCGGACAAAAACAUCUUUGACAUCUAUUUUUCCCACGCGUAUUGAAUAUGGAUGAUGGCAAUAGAACCAAUGGCAGCCGUCGGAUUAAGAAGACUUUUAUUGACGAUUUUCAAGUGUUUGUUGACCGAAAUCAUCGCAUUUUUACAAAUGCUUUGUAUGCUGCUGGUGGAAUCACAGUAAUCUAUAUGGCGUGGAAGGUCAAAGCGACGACAGUAUUCACCCGCGUUGAGAAGAUCCCAACAGAUUUUAUCCAGAACCGAGUCCAGCUUCUAGGUCAAGUGAGGCGAAUUGAUAAUGAUGGGGUGUUACACAUACAACAUAAGCCCAUUGUCAAGUUAAAGGUCCCAUUUACCAAGCCAAAAUCCACUGAUCUGUUACCUGUCCACCUUGCUUGUAUCGAUGUGAGCCUUGAAGGACAUCUUUGGUUACAGCAAAACAUGCUUGAACGUGUUGUAUGGUUUCAUCUACUCCAUAGAUCCAAAGAGCAUGGGGAAGCUAGGCUGCAUUGCAAGGUGGAAAUACCAAGGAGAUUCAGAUGGAAUAUUCAAGUAAACGAAGAACUGGUGAAAAUGGGAAUAUGUAAAAUUUCAUCUCUAGAACAAUUAAAAGAAAUUGACCCGGCUUCCACCAAUCAGAAUUUGUUACAAUAUAUAGAUAGACUGGUUAAGUUGGAACAUCAGGCAUCAAGCAAAAGUGUAGGAAUGUGGACACAGUCUGAGGAUAAAGUGUGGUCAAAAAAGGGUUUAAAUCUUGUAAAGUUUGUUUUAACAGGACCAAUAAAUAUUGUGAAAUACAUAAUCAGACAACUGCGAAGAAAAUAAAGUAUUUUUUGUUCUAAAUGGUUAUGACCUGCAUAUAUAUAUAUAUAUAUAUAUAUAUGGAAUCUCUGUUUUAAAUAAAUUCAUAAAGCCAUUAUAAAUUACAUGUUAACAAAGUGGGUUUGACUUUCCUAAAUGGAUGACACACCCAUGCAAUAUCAACCCAUGGAUAUGCAUCGUCUAUACUUUUGAGGCUUGGCUACUCAAGAAUUUUCGGAAGGACAUGGAUUGAAGAGUUUAAGAGACUCCUAGCACAAUACAUGACUCAUAACUUACAAUAAUUAACAUUUGUACCAUUGAGCUAUAUGCCUGUUAACAAUGCAAGGGAUUUGUUAAAGGGUAAUGCUACAUCUUUUUCAUCACUUUUGAUUGCAUUAGGCAUUAAUCUCACUUCAAAGAGAACCAAUAAAUUGUUAAAAUUA